AUGGCUGAACCAGAAAAAACUACUAAUAAUCCACCUCCAGAGUCAGUAUCACUGACAGUUUUUGAAGAAAAACCUGAAACCAAAGAAGAAAUUCCUGAUAAAGCUGAACCAAAAAAAGAGAUUAUGCGAGGAGUAAAAUCACUUAAUUCCAAGAAAAUUGUGCUUCCAUUAGCCCUACUUACUUUUCUUCUUUCUAUCCCAAUCCUGUUUUUAGGUAUAUGGUUGCUUUACAUUCAGCAAUGUGAUUGCGAAGGGCUGUUGAAAAACUUACCCAGAUUGCAAAUUGGGAUUGGCAUUGGAAUGUUGGUUAUUUUCUUCCUUAGCAAUGCUGUGAUUUACACCAGGGCUAAGUUUCCUGUACCUGGGCUGGUCAUGAUCGUCGUUAUGAUGAUUUUAACGCUCAUCGUAGGGCUCGGGAUUCUCGGAGAUUUUAAGAUGGAGACCCGGAGGAUCGUUGCUUCACCGAGGUGGCUUGAACUGAAGGUGCAUAAUAGCAAUAAUUGGAAUGAUAUCAAGUCUUGCAUAUAUGAGACCAGAACAUGUAAGGAUUUGAUAUCCAGAUCGUAUAUGCUCGACUCCAAUGGCAUCUCGACUAAUAAAUUGUCCCCCAUCGAGUCGGGAUGCUGCACGCCGCCAUCGAUAUGCGACAUGGAGUUCGUGAAUGCGACUUAUUGGAGAAGAGGAAACAAAGAUAUAGAUGGCACAAUCCCAUAUGACAGAGACUGUGAUUUAUGGCAAAAUGAUGAAACCAUGCUAUGCUUCAACUGCAAUGCAUGUAAAAAUGGAUAUGUUAGGACAUUAGAAGGAAAAUGGUUGAAACUUGGGACUUUCCUUAGUGUUAUGUCCUUGUUACUUAUAAUAUCCCAUUUGUUGUUAUUUGUUGCUACAAUGGGGGAGCAGUAUGCAGGUUAG